GCAAACACUACUAACGCCCAUUAAGAGGCAAUAGGAAAUGAAUCGAGUUGUGAAAUUACUUACCACUCCAUACCACUGAGAGAAGACACUUCCCUGCCACACCUCCUCAGUUACACUUUGGAAUUUAAAGUACGUCUAUCUCAUUCCUGUUGGCUUUGUGCUGCAUUAGAUUAACUGUUUCUCCUUUUCAUCGUCGAAAUGGCAACGAAAAUUGACAAAGAUGCUUGCAGAGAAGCAUACAAUCUGGUCCGAGACGACGGCUCUGAUAUCUGCUGGGCAUCUUUUAAGUAUGACGGAUCUAACAUUGUACCAGGGGGUCACGGUUCCGACUAUGGCGAAUUCAAGAGUCAAUGUACAGAUGAUGCCCGUCUCUUCGGGUUUGUGAGGAUCACAACUGGUGAUGCCAUGAGUAAGCGGGCCAAGUUCACCCUCAUCACCUGGAUUGGUGAGAAUGUCAGUGGACUACAAAGGGCCAAGAUUAGCACUGACAAGACACUGGUAAAAGACAUCGUUCAGAACUUUGCCAAGGAAUUUAUGAUCAGUGAUCCCCGGGAGUUGGAGGAAGACUACAUUCGCAAUGAGCUGAAGAAGGCUGGUGGGGCCAACUACGAUGCCCAGGCCGAAUAAAACUUGGGGAGGGGUUUCCAUGGGGUUGGGACAUCCAAACUGGAUGAGAAGGAAGGGGAAAACCCAUGUCAGACAUGCAUCCACAAACAAACACAUUCACACACUUACACAAACAUGCAUACCUCAUCUCUCUCAGGAACUGUGAUAUUGCCAAGUAGGAUGUGUUCAUACAUCAACAUACUUGUUGUUUUGGUCUUGGAACAACAUUCCUAUGAACCAAUUUGUUUUCAGGAAAGGGGUAGUGUUUAGGGUUGGGAGUUCACUCUGCAUUUAUGGGUAGUUCACAAAUAGGUUAAGGUGCAGGUUAGGAAUAGGGUUUAAUGGAGGAUUAUUUUCCUUAUCCUAUGUUGUUCUAGCCAGGACUCAAAAUAUGUUGAUCCAAAAACACAUCUUACUUGGCAAAAUCACGGUGACCCAUCCCUCUUCCAGUCUGAUCAUGGAUGAUUUAUCUACUGUACUGUGCAUCAUCUCACUGUCAUCUCAUCUAGUGCUAUGAGGUUGUGUUUUUCUUCUGGGGCAUUUUUGUAACUGUAAUUAGAGUUUUUGAGGAAGCUCCCUUGGCUUAUGAUUAGAGUUGUCAUCACUGUGAUAUGCUUUCAUAACAUUCUCAAUGGAAGCAACAAAGAGCAUGCGAGUCCAGCAUGGGUUUCUUUAUAGGGGUUUAAAUGAAUGUUCAUCUCCCUGCUGACUCCUAAUACAGAUAACUGUGUUUACUGUCUUAAUCUCCCAUGGAGAGGAAGACAUAAUAGAAUGUGUGCAUUUGUGUGUGUGUAUGUUUGCAGACACUGCACUGUGACUGGCUAACUUGCAUGCAAGAGGGUGGAGACUUAAAUGAGCGUAUAUCCCUCGAACCUUUCAUUGGCUGUUUCACUAUCUCUCCACCGAACCAAGGAGCAGCCAUUUCUCUAGUGUAGCCUUCAUUUCAGUUUAAAUCAAAUACCCCUAUUACAUUUUUUUUCCUUAAAUUGUAGGCUUUAUUUACAUUAACAAUAGACCUGUGGUUCAUCCUUGGGGAUACAAAUGCCUCCAUGAGCCAAGAAAGCAAGAAGAUGAGCACAAAAGCAAUCAUUUCAGAAUAAAAUUGUCAUUUUUUUUUUCAAUAUGAUUUGUCCUUGUGUAUUCUAUUUUGCUUUGACAAGAGUGUUGUGUUUCUGUGAAUGUUUGACUUUAUUGGACCGUGAAUGAUUGGGCCUCUUGCCCUGUUUAAGUAAUGCAAGCCACUUUGCACGGCACCGCUUUUCCUCACAAAUGCUAACAAUCCAAGGGGGCUUGGGGGAGACCCAGUUGUUGUCAUGGCCACCACUGUGGUCAGGCCACUUCAAGCCAAGCUGAUCUGCUCCAAAUCUUGUCCUCUCCUCCAUAUACCCCCAUUUCAACCCCCCUUUUUCUAAUCUCCAUUCCCUCCCCCAAUCUCUCCUCCUACUCUCCCUGUCUGCCAUUUAGUCCAACAGAUGUAAACCCAACUGCAUAAUUGCUUAAUCCAUAAUCUAUAAGCUUCUUCCAGGCUGCUUUUAUGACGCUGAGUUUUGGUGGCAAAGAGCCGUGAGGAAUGUAGAUGUAAGAGAGCACUCCGAAAGGAGGCAGAAAUUGGGCCCUUUGAAAGAUUGUCUUUGUUUUGUGUUUGCAUUCUCCUAAUAGUUUGCUCAAUUAGGUCAGUAGAGUUUAGAAUUGCUAUGGCCUAGUCACAACAAGGGACAGCUGGUUUAGAGGUGUGUUGCACACCUUAUGUGAGUUGUGCUUUGAAAGGCAAACAUCACUGUCAAUAUUGCUCAUACUUUGUGUUAGGGGUUGUAAACACUAACCCCAACCCUUAACCCUAAGUAUUAACCUUUGGCAUGUGCUAAUGACAUGAAUAAAAUGUCAAAUUGUUUGGUUUGUUGAGGAGAGGUGUUCUACUGCUUUUCUAAACAAUCAGAAUUAUUUAGUUUAUCCUGGCGGAUGAUAAAAUUGACUCUUGACUUGGGCUAGUAGGUAAUCUACUCGGAACCUACUAAAAAAACACUCCGAACACCUUAGCAACCACAUACAGUAGCAAUGCCCUGGCAACCAAACAGAACACCCUAGCAUUGUGCUAGCGAGUUUUGCAUGUAAAAAAAAAUCUAGUUUAGAUGUGUGUUUUUAACUGAGCUUAUUUUAAAAAGUAUGUGUGGGCAUGACAGGUGUCACUUAGUUACUGUGGGGACUACUUUAAUGAGAUAAAUUACACGUGAAGUUUAUUUAGUCUCUAGUCACAGAGAAGGACCGGCUUUGUAUUCACUCUUGUCAUCAAGAAUGCGCUGUUUAACCUACACUCACACACACAGUCAUGCAGGCUAGUCUUUUUUCUUAUCUCUCCACCAGUUUGAGGUUUGCGUGUUCUGACAACUCCACAACUUCCACUAAGAGCAUUGCUUGCUUUCUUUUCUACGUCUCUCUGUCAUACAGAAUGUGUGUUUUGACUGAAAGUAUGUGUGUGUGGACAUGUUUCAAAGGAAUCCUUGGCAUCUUGUUGUCAAGGAAGUCACUACCAGCUAUUCUGCUCGGAUCCUUCCUGCAUUCCUGAGGUCUCCCAGUUCAAGCCUACUUCAUACCCCACACACAUUUCUAAAGUCAUGUGAUGAGUUUGUGUGUGACUGUUAAAUAAAUUAAAUGUCCAGUAUAUGUAACAUGUCUUCAAAUCUUAUUU